UUCACUAGGCGCCUCCUGGCAGGUCUCGGAACAACACAAAGGAAUACUCGAAUUGAGGAUGUCCAGGACUUCCCUACAAUCCAAUGACUACAGAUGGCAGGUGGCCGAGGUGGUCUUCGCCGAGGUGGCAGGAACUGCUCUGCUGGUGUUCUUUGUCUGCAUGAGUCAAAUAAAUUUCUUCCCAGAAAUGCCUUUGCCAACGUUACAACCUGCCAUCAUGACAGCUGUUGCAGUCGCUACUAUAAUACAGAUAUUCGGCCACAUCAGUCAAGCUCACAUCAACCCUGCCGUGACCAUCGCCCUUCUCACCCUUGGUCACGUGACUCCGGCCAUGGCAGGGGUGUACUGUGUGUCCCAGAUAGCCGGGGCACUGCUGGGGUAUGGCAUGUUGUUGAGCUUCACCCCUCCAGAUCUGACCGCCUUCAAGACUCCCGGGUUCUGCUGCACCCUCCCCCACCCCAGUCUGUCAGCUGUGCAGGCGCUAGGCGUGGAGUUUGUGGCGUCCUGCGUACUGAUCUUGGUGGUCUGCGCAUGCGUAGAUCCCAGGAACGCCCACAGGCUUGACUCCGCCCCUCUCAAGUUUGGGACUACGCUGAUGACGCUGUGUGUUGGAACAGGUCAAUACACUGGUGCCAGCUUCAAUCCUGCUAGAAGUUUAGCACCUGCACUCUGGACAGGUACUUGGACUGGUCAUUGGAUAUACUGGCUGGGGCCGUUGCUGAGCGGAGUCACCACAGCGUUGUUCUACAAAGCAAUAUUCAUUCCCCGUGCUCAGCAAUCCUACUCAGAACCUGUCGUCAGCAUAGAGGCUGAACCGUUGAACCAGGUCAAGGUCAGAGCAUCAGCGUCUGACGGGGAAGAGAAGAGAAAUAGUAGAUAGUGACAUGAAACACCAGCUGCUUGAAGCUCAAGAAAA